AUGCCGUUCCACAAUCCUCUGGCCAAGCAGCCGGACUCGUACGUCAAGAAGAAGGAGUAUGAAUUCAAAAAGACGUUGGGCGAGGGUACGUUUGGCAUCGUGCGUUCGGCCACAUGGAAGGCGGCCGAUCCUCCGAUCGGUGUGGCGGUCAAGGUGAUCAGCAAGCGCAUCCUGCGCGGGCACGACAACAUUGUCAAGGACGAGAUGAACGUGCUCAAGGGGCUGGACCAGCCGCACGUGGUCAAGUUCCUCGACUGGUUCGAGAGCAAGGACAAGUACUACCUCGUCUUUGAGGAGGCUACGGGCGGCGAGCUUUUCGAGCGCAUCCUGGCGCGCGGUCGAUUCACCGAGCUCGACGCCUGCCGCACCAUCCGUGCCGUGCUGUCGGCCAUCCAGUAUCUGCACCACCACAACAUUGUGCACCGCGACAUCAAGCCGGAGAACAUCCUCUACCGCACCAAAGAAGAGGACGCCAAUGUGGUGCUGGUGGAUUUCGGCAUUGCGGCGCACAUGAAGGACGACAACGAGGUGCUUACUUCGGUGUGCGGCAGCUUCGGCUACGCCGCUCCCGAGAUCCUGGCCAAGAAGGGCCACGGCAAGGCGGUGGACAUGUGGAGUUUGGGGGUGAUCACGUACACGAUGUUGUGCGGCUACACGCCCUUCCGCUCGGACGAUGCACAGGCGCUGGCAGCCGAGACGCAGCGUGGCAAGGUGGAGUUCCACGACCGGUACUGGAAGAACGUGAGCGCCGAGGCCAAGGACUUUGUCAAGGCGUGCCUCACCGUGGAUCCCAAGAAGCGGCUCACGGCGGACCAGGGCAUGGCGCAUGCGUGGCUCACCGAGCACAAGGAGGAGACGCAGGGCGUGCACGACAUCUCGGCCGGCCUGCGCGAGAACUACCGCAAGCGCUGGAAGUCGGCCAUCGCGGCGGUGCGAGCAUCCACCAAGUUCCGCACAUUUGCAGCGCUCGCCAGCGAAAGCCGCAGCGAAGGCCUCGCAGCCGAAGCGUCGUCGGGAUCGACCUCGACCGACCCCGCGCCUACAGACGAGCCGGGUAAGAUCUCGCCACCGACCAAACGCGAGCUGUACAGCGAGGAUGAGGACGAAGAGGCGGAUGGCAACGAAUGGUUCGAUACCGAAGAUGGCAAUGCUGCGCCGGCAUCAUCGGAAGCCAAAAACGACGACAAGCAAGAGGGGUUGGCUGGCAAGUUGGAAAGCACGCUCCAAAAUCUGCAUCUGUCCAACAAGUGA